AGUGUCCGUGCUUACUCUCACGCAGAAAUUUUAGAGCAAGUGAAUUCUUUGCUGAUCUAACUUUGCUGAUUCCGAACCAUGAUCGCUGAAAUCAUCGGCCUUUUAAUCCUUCUUGUGGCUGUUUAUAUCGCGUCCACAAUUUGGCAACUCCGAUGUUUUCCACCUGGUCCUUUUCCGUUACCUCUGGUUGGGAAUCUUCUUUCGAUCGAACAAAACAGACCUUAUGCAGCUUUAGCAAACAUGGCGAAAAAGUAUGGAAAAUUGGUCCGAAUCCACAUGGGGAGAAGAAAAGUUAUUGUGAUCAAUAGUUACGAAAUUGCAAGAGAAGCGCUUGUCACAAAAGCAGAGGAUUUUGCCGGACGACCUCGACAUUUCUUCGGUAACAUUUUUGGUCGAGAUUGUACAGAUAUUGUGUUCCAAACUUUUAACAAGACAUGGAAGAAGCAGCAUAAACUUGCUUUAUCAGCUCUGCGACUAGCCGAGGCAAAAGCCAACAUGACUGAUCAUGCAGAAAGGUUAUGCAUCAGAUUUCAGUCCUUUGAUGGAAAGCCAUUUUAUCCUCACGAUUUAGUUCUCAAUUCUUUAGCCAAUUGCCUCUCGUCUCUAAUUUUUGGCGAAGAACACAAACUUGAUGAUUGUGAAAUAAAAAAGCUUGUGAACGCCACUCAUGUUUUUCGUAAUUCUCUCGGUGCUGCUAAUUUGCUCGACACUUUCCCAGUGUUGAAGUAUAUUCCAUUUAACAUCAUCAAGAAAGCAAAGCGCGCUGGUGAAAUCCGCGAUGAAAUUUUUGAAAGGAAAUUUGGGGAACAUGUUUCGACCUAUCAAGAGGAUAAUAUCCGUGAUUUGAUGGAUGCCAUGCUGAAGGGCUUCCACGAAAUGGCCGACGAUGGUUUGGUUACAAAGAAGCAUGUGAUUUCAAGCGCAUCUGAUUUCUUUUUUCCUGGCACUGAAACUCCCUCCAGUGUUAUCACGUGGGCCCUAUAUUACGCCAUUAAAUACCCGGAUGUGCAGGCCAAGCUCCAUUGUCAGUUGGAUUACGUCAUGGGCAGCACAUAUCGCCUGCCGGAAAUUUCUGACAAACCAAAUUUGCCUUAUUUAAAUGCAUUUAUCACCGAGGUUCUCCGUAUUGUGAGUGAAACUCCACUCGCCGUUCCCCACUCAACAACUCGGGACACGUCCCUCGCUGGAUUUAAGAUCCCUCGGGACACGACUGUGUUUCUUAAUCUCUGGGCCAUACACCAUGAUCCCGAUAUCUGGGUCGACCCAUUCAGCUUCCGCCCAGAGCGCUUCUUGGACGAAAACGGCCAACUGCACGUGGAAGGCGUCAUGUCAUUUUCAGCAGGAAAACGGUCAUGCACAGGAGAGUCUUUUGCGAGGAAAGCAGUUUUCUUGUAUCUUGCCCGAUUGUUAAGCAGAUUCAGAUUUGAGUGCCUCGAGGGAACAACAUUACCUAAAGAAGAAGAAAGCGUGUUCGGAGUCGUGCUUGAUUGUAAGCCCUUCCAGAUGCAUGCCAUACCCAGAGACAAGGACGAAAAGUAACGAGAGAAAAAUCAGUUCGAGUCUGAAAGAAAGUGUGUACAGGAAUAUUAUUUCCCUUUUAUCCGUUAGUGUUAGAAAUUGAGCAGAUUUAGCAAUCGCGGCAAGAGAUCGCCAAUAAGAACAUAGCAAUGUACCUUAGCCUGGGCACAAAUAUUUUUAACAAACCGAUAGACAAAUAGUUUGCAGUCAGUCGGUGGAGGCAAGCGAAAAAUCUUGUGGGUGAAGAAUGACGUUGCCCAGACAUUCGCCUAUCAUCUCUAGUAGGCCAUGUCGCUUGAUAGCCUGGGCACAAGGCUGGGCAAGAUUGGGCACAAGCACGUGCUGCGCUAAAACUUGCCUGCACUGUUUAGUUGCGUUAUAUCUACAGAAAAUAACAGCAAACGUCAGCUAUUUUGUAGCAGGGACGUCACACCUACAGACAAUAACCUUAAAUGUGUGUUGAUAUGAAGAAAUGACGUCAUACCGGCACACACCAGCGUUAAAUUUGUACAGUUCACGAGGAAGUGACAUCGUACCGACAGGCCAUAGUCUUCAUAUAUGAAGAUGCGACGUCUCGCAUAUGGACCCGAUAUUUAUUGUUUUAAAGUGACGUCAUAACUAGAGACGGCAGUUUCUAUACAUUUCGAAGCGACGACUUAACAAAAAGAUUUUAUGUUGUAGUGCGUCUGUUAGUAAUAGAUCACAUAUGAUGUCAAAGUAGGAACAAAAAAGUGGUACUGAUGUUCUUAAAACAUCUUCACGUCUUCUUUGAUCUAUUGAUGAACAGGCGCAGGGCAACACGAAUCUAUUUGUUUUUCUGUAACAAAAAUGCAAAAUUUUGUCAGACGUCAUCUAUGCGUCCAACUGCCAAUAGGUUAUGAGUAAGAACCAGUAAAAACAUAAUGCAUGUAGAAUUCAGUUUUUCAUUGAAAUACAGUGUACCUUUAGACAAUAACGUUUAAGCAUGCAUCACAAAGCAACUAUUUGCAAAGAUACCAGUUGAACUACCAGUAAAGUUCGGUAGCUCUCUUUGGAUCUUUUGGCAUAUCGAUGUGAGACCAUGUAAUUCUUUCCAACAGUCCCACCUACCAUUAUAGAGACUAUAAUGUACAUGCUGGGUGGAUGCAAAACCAUCCUGCGGUUCCUUUAGUUUUAUGCU